AGGGUAUAAAUGCGUCUUCUGGGCCGACGCGGCACGAUCUCUGAGCGGUCGGGUCCCCAGAGCCCACCCGUGACCAUGGAGGCCAGAGUGCUCUGGCUGCUGGUGGUGGUCCUGGUCUUGGGGUCCUCCAGAUUGGCAGUGGCUUACCAGGGCCUGGCGACGAACCUGUGCGAGGUGCCGCCCAAGGACAGGGUGGACUGCGGCUACCCCGAGAUCACCUCCGAGCAGUGCGUCAAUCGGGGCUGCUGCUUCGACUCCAGCAUCCAUGGGGUGCCCUGGUGCUUCAAGCCGUUGCAGGACACAGAAUGCAGAUUUUGAAGCAACGCGCCCUCGGCCCUGGACACCCUGGGAAGCGACCUCCCCCUCUCCGGGAUGCCCCACCUUGUCCCCUGGCUCAUCCCUGCUUCUCUCUCACCCUGCUCCUGGCCAAAGCUAGCUCCUGGGGCCUGAUGUCUGAAUGAAUAAAGAUCCCCGUACUCAGCACGAGGGCAGUUCCUCCUUCCUGAGACUCGAUGCUCUUGUGUUUUAUUUCUCCCAAGCGGCUCUCCUUUCUCAGCCUCACCUCCUUUCUCAGCCUCUGCCACCUGGGGGUGGCUGGAGGGGGUAGGAACACCUCCACCUCCAGCCCAGGGCCUCCCUCCUGGGGGGGCCUCGGAACUGC